UCAGGACCUAUCACGUUUUCUGUGAGAUGGAUACGGCUAUGCAAAGGAAAAAAUCCGUACUUCACGGGUUAUGGAUGCUCUGGAUUGUCGGAUGGCUUGAAGAUGACAUCGCACCCGGAAAGCUUUCCGGGUACGGAAAUAGAUUGGGUGGAAGAAAAGCUUCGGAGAAUCCCCAACAUUUUCGAGUCUCCGUUUUAUGGUCUUCACCGACUUCUCCUUCAAGGUCACGGCAUAGAGGAGCUCCACGGGAAAAGACAUCGUCAGCGCACAGGUGAUAAGUUUUGGAUGAAGUUACAGCCACUACACGAUGAGACGACGAGCAACGGCCAGCACCAUCGCCACUGCGCUCAAAUGGCAAUGGACUCGUUA